AUGCCGCCUAACAACAAGGGAGGGAACAACCAAUAUGGAGGAAAACGGGCUCAAGAGGAAGGAGAUGAUCCAAGAGCUGAUAGACGACCAUGGGUUUUAUAUUGGGACGAGCUAACACUCCAUACAACAUCUGUGCGCAGGCCAUCACACACCGAACAAGAAGCUGGUACUGCUCUAGUUAUCUUGGCCAGUGAGGACCCACAUGGAAGAUUGGGGGCAAGGGCACUGAAAGAAAGAUUGGCGUCAAAUGAUGUUCAAGUCUCGAGGUAUUGGCCAUCCUCCACUUACCAAGACCGAGAAGGCAGCCGGGUGCUCAGAAGGUCCAUCGCCAUGGACUUCACUCUCUUGGGCCCAAUGAGGAAUGUACCCGCAAUAUCACGGUUGAGCGUCAAUGGCAACCCCUUUUCCAGAAGCACCUACAGCCCCUCAUUGUCCCCUGGCUUGACCAUAAAGGAGUAUAUCAUUCUGAGAAUGAACUACAUCAGGGUUGCACGUUUCAUUUGGGCAAAGGUUGUGCAAAAUGUCCUCGACAGGUAUGCAGAGGAACAAGCAAACCAUAAGAUACGGUAUCAAGAGGAAAGCAAUUUACCUACAGGUGGACGACCAGAACAGUUCUAUAAGCAUCCAGAGCGAUGGGCAGGGGUACCGUGCUUGAUUCCGGUUACCCCUGAAGUCAUCGCCGACCUUGUUCAGCAAUAUGUCCCUGAGAACAUCUUCCACUUCUGCCCACCCGACAUGCAUCACGCCGCGACAUCUGCGCUACUACAGCUCGGGAACCCCACGCUGAUGUCUGAUAAUGCAUGGGACGUGUUUGAAGCUAUCCUACCAGUCGUCGAAGGUCGUCUCAGCACCAUCGAUUGA